AAGCAGAAGGGGCUAGAGGUCUGAGACUUCAAAAGGAAGAAAGACAAUUCACAAAAAGAUGAAAAAGAAUAAAUGUUUGGUAAACAAAUGUUUGCUGGGCCAUAAAGAAACAAUGGGACAUUAGAGGAAUGUUAACUGACUUGGCUAAAUUCCUCCCUGUCUACCUAGUUUAUAUUAUACUGGUGAGUAUCUAUGAUGAUAGUUCUGUAGCAGGUCCUCCAUCUUGGCUGUUACAGGGAAGUUCAGACCCUUUUGUUUCUUAAAAAUUAUCAGUAUAAAGCAAUCCACAUGCCAAAAAAAAAAAAAAAAAGACAUGUUUUGCCAGCAGUCAAAGAGGUUAUAAACAGGAAACAGCUGGUAGGCUGUGGCACAGUGUUUCUACUAAAAGGGACUCCUUGGGGGCUGGAGUCUCUGAGCCUAACACAGUGAACGUCAGGCCAUCAAGCUUUUGUUAGGGUUAAAGUUGUGUUAAAAAGAAAAAUAGAGGCCCAACAUGGGGUCAAGUUACUAAACUGGGGAUUAAUGCCCAAAUCAAUUGCAGCGUCACCUUCUCCCAGGAGGGGAAUUUUAAACCAAUCAGUUUGGAACUUCCACUGAGAUCAUCUGCAUCAGAACAUCCUGUUCCCCCCACCAGCCCCUCAGCCCUCUCCCCCCAUCUCCUCCUAAGGGACUUGAACAAUCCAAUCUCUUCUUUUGCUUAACUUUCGGCCCCACCCUUCUGUCUAUAAAAACCUUGUUUAUACACCUCCUUGGAUCAUUUCUCUACUUGAGAAAUGGGAAGCUGUCCGAUUCCUGAACUGCUUAGUAAAACCAAUUGAAAGAAGUCCAGGGUGAGCAAGGCCUCCGGAAGCGGGACUGGAUAGGAAAGAGCCACGUCAGCCUCCAGCCUUUCAGUUUCUUUACCUCCAUCUUGCCUGCGUAUCUCAAGCGUCCGCGGAAUGAAGCCUGACAAAUCCCGGCAGUAGGAGAGCCCUGCGGGGGGCAGGACGCUUCAGGUGCGGCAGGGGUGGGCGCCGAUCCCGGCCGAGAUCCAGCGGGAAGCGCUGGCAGCUGCCCGGGCAAUGCCUCCAUUGGAAAAGAUUCUGAAAGAAAUGAAGAAAACCAUCAGCAAUGAAGUCAGCAGCCUCACAGCUUUCUGUUGACUGUCCUGGACGCUCGCUACUAGAGUUCCUUGAAAUGACACUGUACAGAAUGUCUGCUGAGGUUAUUCAUCAGGUUGAAGAGGCACUUGAUGAAGAUGAGAAGGAGAUGCUUCUUUUUUUGUGCCGUGACGUUACUGCAGAUGUGGCUCCACUGAACGUCAGGGACCUUCUGGAUAUUUUAAGUGAAAGAGGAGUGCUGUCUGCCAUAGGCUUGGCUGAGCUGCUGUACAGAGUGAGGCGAUUUGACUUGCUCAAGCGAAUUUUGAAGACAGACAAAACAGCAGUGGAGGCCCACCUGCUCAAGCACCCUCGCCUUGUUUCAGACUAUAGGGUGCUGAUGAUGGAGAUUGGUGAGGAUUUGGAUAAAUCUGAUGUGUCCUCAUUAAUUUUCCUCAUGAGGGAUUAUAUGGGCCGAGGCAAGAUAGCCAAGGAUAAGAGUUUCUUGGAUCUUGUGAUUGAAUUAGAGAAACUAAGUCUGGUUGCUCCGGAUCAAUUGGAUUUAUUAGAAAAAUGCCUAAAGAACAUCCACAGAAUAGACCUGAAGACAAAAAUUCAGAAAUACAAGCAGUCUGCUCAAGGAGCAGGAACAAGUUAUGCAAGUGCUUUUGAGGCAUCUUUCCCAAAGUUGAGUCUUAAGGAGCCUUCAUAUAACUUCAGGCUCCAGAAUGGGAGAAGUAAAGAACAAAGACUCAUUGUGGAAAACCUUGACAAACAAAGAAAACCCGUGAAGACAUCCAUUCAGGAAUCAGGAGCGUGUUUGCCUCAGCAUGUACCAGAAGAGAGAUAUAGGAUGGAGAGCAAGCCCCUGGGCAUCUGCCUGAUCAUUGAUUGCAUUGGCAAUGACACAGGGGCUCUUCAGGAUACUUUCACUUCCCUGGACUAUGAAGUCAAGUACUUCUUGUAUCCAAGUAUGAACAGUAUAGUCCACGUUCUUCACCAAAUUGUCUGUAUGCCCCAACACCGAGACUGCGACAGCUUUGUGUGUGUCCUGGUGAGCCGAGGGGACUCCCAGAGUAUGUUUGGCGUGGAUCAGACUCAUGCAGGUUUCCCUUUGGAUCAGAUCAGGAGGAUGUUCAUGGGAGAUGCAUGCCCUUCUCUCUUGGGGAAGCCAAAGCUCUUUUUUAUUCAGAACUAUGUGGUGGCAGAGGACCAGCUGGAGGACCUCCUGGAGGUAGAUGGACCAGCAGCAAACGAUCUGGAACCCAAGGCCAGGCAGCCAGGACCCUGCACAAUUCACCGAGAAGCUGACUUCCUCUGGAGCCUGUGCAAAGCAGACGUGUCCCUGUUGGAGCGGCCGGCCAGCUCACCAUCACUGUACCUGCAGUGCCUCUCCCAGAAAUUGAGGAAAGAAAGAAGACGCCCACUCCUAGAACUCCACACUGAACUCAACAACAGCAUGUAUGAUUGGAACAGCAGAGUGUCUGCUAAGGAGAGGUACUCCAUCUCCCUACAGCACACUCUGAGAAAGAAACUUAUCCUCUCUUGCAAGUAAAAAGCCAAACUCUUGUUAGCCUUGAGUCUCCAUCACUAGCAAGAGAGAAAAUUUCAAGGGAGUGUGUCUGUGGGGGGACGUCCUGGCCUGUGGCAAAAUCACUCUGUAGUCAUUCGUGCUUUGACUAUAGCUUCUGAGGUGAAGAUACUAGCUGCUGUUGCUAAACUAGCUUGCCAACUUUAAGAAUGAAGUAAUAGCUGAAUUGGGCAUCUCAGGAUUAUGUUGCCUUGCAUUGUAACAUUCCAGUAAACCAGAGCCACAGAGAGAAGCAUUUAGAGUGUUUGCAUUCGCUAAGUUAGCCUAUGGGUAUCCAGACUCCAUGUGGAAAAGUAAAAUCAAAAUAUGAAACAAUGAUACCAGAACAUAAAAAAACACUUAUAAUUUUAGCUGCUAGAAAUAGUCAUAAUUAACUAAAACUCUGGGUAUUGCCUUGCAAAUUUUUUUCUGUACACAAGAUCUGGAUGUAAGGCAGAGUGGCUGUCAUAGUCUGUUUGGGAUACUAUAACAAAGUACCUUAGACUGGAUGGCUUAAACAAACAUUUAUUUCUCACAGUUCUGGAGACUGGGGAGUCUAAGCUCAAGAUGCCGGCAGACCUGGUGUCUGGCGAGGACGCACUCUGAUGGCCAUCUUUUCAUUGUGUCCUCACGUGGUGAAGAGCAGAGAGAGAGGACUCGAGCUGUCUAUUUCUUCUUAUGAGGGCACUAAUCCUGUUCACGAGGGGUUCACCCUUAUGGCCUAUUCACCUCCCAAAGGCCCCAGCUCCUAACAUCAUCACAUGGCAGGUUAGGAUUUCAUCCUGUGAACUUGGUGGGGAACAAAAACAUUCAAUCUGCAACAAUGGCUCUAUGAUUUGAGGUUGCUUGUCCAUCUAGGAUUCAUGUGGCAUUUUACAGCUGCCCAGCUAUACCUUCAUUUCCUGUAUUUGAUGACAUGACCUAAAAAGAGAUCAUUGUUUAUGCUAUCCAAGAUUUCUUUUUAAUCUAUUUAUUUACAUUUUUAAAUGUUUAAGUUGUCUAUGUUAUGGUACAAUCACUCAACAAAGGCUAGAAAACACAAAAGAAAUAGUUUUCUGACUUUUCAUAUGAAGUUAUUUCUACUUUAAAAGUUAUUUUGCUAUCCUUUUUUUAAUGAUUAUGGACUCCUAAGAGUGUCCUUUAAUUUAACAUUGCUGAGGGGCUCCCGCAGGAAUAAGGUAUAUGCUUGGCUUCAUGAACCAGAACCUCAUGUUAAUUAUUACAGAGGGAAACUGAGAGAAAUCUUCAUGACCUGGCAGCUGUGGCAUCCUUCUAUGUUCCACCCAGACCGGACAGCAGGGAUUUCCCAUUUAUUGUUUCUUAUCAUGUGCUAUAAUAGCACAUUCCUUGUACUUUUGGGAUUGGAUCACCGCCACUCUUGCAAGUAACUUGCCUCCAAAUGUCACGUAUAAAAUUUUCUUUGGUUCACAAAAAAGAUUGUAAAUGUAAAAAGCAUAGUAUUCAGUUUUAUGUAUAUUUUUAUGUAUUAUUAAGAUAACAUAUUUGUAAAGUGAAUAAUUACAGGCAUUAUGUUAAGUGGUUAAGUCAGAGGAAGACAAAUGCUGUAUGAACUCACUUUUCUGUGAAAUCUGAAAAAAAAAAAACUGAGCUCAUAGAAAAAGGUUUUCUAUGAUUAGACUUCUGGUUCUCUGAGGCAGAGGGUGGAGAGAGGAGGGAUUGGGGAAGGUGGUCAAACGGUACAAACUUACAGUUCCAAGAUACAUAAGUACUAGGGAUGUAACAUACAACACCAUGACCAACACUAUAGCUAACACUGCUGUAUGAUGUCUAGGAGUGUUGUUAGAGUAAAUCCUAAGAGUUCUCAUUGUAAGAACAUUUUUAUUCCUUAAUUUUUUUCUUCUUAUUGCAUCUGUAUAAGAUAGAUGUUAACUGAACCUAUUGUGAUAAUUAAUCAUUUCACAGUAUAUGUAGAUCAGACCAUCAUGUUGUAUGCCUUAAACUUACACAGUGACAUAUGCCAAUUAUUCCUCAAUAAAAUUGGAAAGGAAAGAUUUGAAAAAAAUACUAAAUCUAAAUGAGUUAAACAGAUAAUUACAAAUAAAAACUUGAUAUACUUAUUAAAUUUAAUUUCUGUAUGUAAAUAUCGAUGGUAAAUUUAGUUUCCAUCAUACAGCAUUUGUCUUCUAUUCAACUAAAGCCACAAAUUUAACAUUAUAUUAUUAGAUUUUCUUAAAUGUUUUAACACAUUAAAAAACAAACAAUAUUAGAAUGUUUAUGAAACUGGUAAUCAGCAUACUUAGUUGUGAAAAGUAUUUGUAUGGUAUAUUUAGCCCCUCCUUUUUUCUUUUUUUGAUAGGGCUAUCACUGUUUAUUCUUAUUUUUAUUUUUUUAUUGAGUUACAUAAGAUAAAAUGCACAAAUCUUAUUGCACAGCUUGAUAUGUAUAUGGACUCACACAACCAACCACUCAGAUCAAGAUAGCAUUUUGUGUCCCUUUGCCUAUUUUGCCCAUUCCCCCACAUCCCCUCCCCAGAGCAUUUUUUCCUAAUUGACUUUAUUUAUAUUCCUAUGCUUUUUCAUGUUUUCCUUUCAAAUUCUCUAAAGUUAUGGCAAGAGUAGAUAGUUGGUGAUUCAGGGAUUGAGAUUUAAGACUUAGUGUGUCUUCUGAGGUAAUCUACCUGAGUCCCUCAUCCAACUGGAUGAGCUGUUUUUAUAGUUAGACAUUAUCCUUUGCUUCAAACCUACAAAGUGCUAACAUGAUUGACUUUGGCCAUCAGAUAUGUUUUGAUUUUUUUGUGACCUAGUUUCUCCUAUGUAUGCUUGGUAUAUAUAGUCUAAUUUCUAUUUAUAUUUAGCAAUAAAAAGUAGUAAUGUAUCUUGUAUUAUACUGAGCACUGAAGUUUGAAAGUCCUUUACAUUAAUGUGUGCCUUCUUGGCUCUAGAUGAUUAACUAUUGAUACAAUAUUGGAAGACACUAAGUCUUAAUCUGAAAUUCAAAAUGUUUUAGAUGCAAGUAACAGAAGACCCUACUCGCAAUAAAAAGACCAAUGUUUUGUUUGUUUGUUUGCUCUCAUUAAGCAGCAGGUCCAGAGCUGGGAGGGUAGUUGCUGGCUUUGUUAUUAAUUCAUUGGCUCAAUGAUGCCGUGAAGGACUUGAUGCUUUCCACCUUUCCUCUUUGUAGUAUCAGCGUUUGCUUUCAUUUCCAGACUUGUCAUGUAAUGGUCUCAACAUAGACACAAGCCCAAGUAUGAAGACCAUACAAUAGAAGAGAAAAUAUCUCUUCCUUGUGUCCCUUCUUAAGAUAAAAGGAAAAUUUCCCCAGAAGCCCUCCUCCCCAAGUGUUUCCUUCUCUCACUGCUCAUUGGCUAGAAUGGAAUAUGUCCAUUCUUAAACCAAUCGUGAGUAGAGUGGAUAGGAGUUUAUGCCAGCCCAGAUUCAGUGCCCUGGACUGGGGAGGGGUUCAGCUCGUCUGAGGCAUGUGGUCUCCAAAAGGAAAAAUGAGAUGUGGACUGUUCUUGUGGGUGGUUGACCAUAAUGUAUGCCAAAAAAAUGAGAACACACAUCUUGUGAUUGAAGAAACUAAGGCACACAGCUUUCAAGUGACUUUGUUCCCAUAUCUCAGAGAAAAUCAGUAGUCAUACCAGGUGUAGAAUGUUAACCAGGCUGUCAUCUGGUGUUCUUUAGAAAUUAGAAUAAACACUGAAAAUGUAUAGUGUGCAUUCCAGGGAAGGCAUCCUACUCCUCUGUCUCUGAGAAUCAUUAUCCUGCCUUUCCAGCCGCAUCCUCUCCCUGCAGAGGCAACAUAGCCACAUACCUUGCCUUACCCAUCUGCUGGCAUGGUGAAAAUACUGAGCUUGGCAAGUCAGCAACUUUUCUUUCCUUCUCUCCCUUCCCCUUACCUCUUUGAACAAUCAUUUACCAAAUUUUACUCUGCUGUGUUUGUCACUUUUCUUUUUUGUUUUUGGAUUACAUGAUUUUCAUUAAUACCAACCAUCGGUCCAAACCCAGGUCCCAAAGAGAAAAGUACUGAGUGUUUGCUUGUGUGUUUUGCUCACUGGCAAGGGGUAUAGGGUCAAGUAAGGGGGGAUUGUGAUUCCAGGCUCAGGCUGAAAAAAAUGGGAGGAAUAAGCCCUUGCCUUCCCUUGCCUACUUCACAGAAUUGUUCUGAGGAUGAAAUGAGAGACGCUUUGUAAUCAUACUGAAUGAAAGACUUUUUUAAUGACUGCUUUGGUGAUGCCAUGUCAACACCACUGUUACUGUUAUUCCACACUACAGUGGAGUUAUUUUGGAAAGGUUGACCCAAACCUUGUAAAAUUGGUAGGAUUUUGGCAAGUUGAGAUGGAGAAGAGAGUAUGUUGCAGGAGAGGAAACAAAUCAAAUGAAGGGACAGGUGGGGGAAAUGCAAGGCAUGUUUUAGAAACCUUGAGUGUAACUUUUAGCUGGAGUGGAGAGAAUGUGAGCAGUGCUGAGGGGUAAGCCAGCCGAUGGCCCUGGUUAGAGUGUGCAGAGCCCAAAAAGGCUCUUGGUCAUUUAGUUAGUUCUCAUGUAAGUUAUUUUUCUCACUUUAACAGUGGAGGCUAUGGCUCCUUCUUUGGCACUUUUGUGUACUAGCAUUUGAUUACUCAAUGCCUUUCUUAACUCUUUUUUAUUGAGUAUAUAGAUAUAUAUAGAUAUAUAUAGAUAUUUAUUAAGGUAUCAUUGAUAUACAAUCUUAUGAAGGUUUUACAUGAGCAAUAUUGUGGUUACAACAUUCACCCACGUUAUCAAGUUCCCUCCCACACCCCAUUGCAGUCACUGUCCCAUCAGCAUAGUAAGAUGCUAUAGAGUCACUAGUCUUCUGUGUGUUAUAUUGCCUUCCCUGUGACCCACCUACAUUUUGUGUGCUAAUCAUAAUGCCCCUUAAUCCCCUUCUCCCUGGGAAUCCUAGAUGUGUCCAUGUGUCUAAGUCCUGGCCAAAAUGAUGUAUCACUUGGUAGCUGCUAACUUUCCUUAAAAGGCAGAUACCUUUUGCUCUUUCCUCCAUUUUGCUGACUGGAAUGUAGAUGUGAUGGCUGGAGCUCCAGCUGCCAUAUUGAACUGUGAGGAUAUGGGCCACACUCUGGGGAUAGCUGAGUGAGUGGUGAACAGCAAGGAGCCUUAUUGGGUAAGGACAUUAAGGAUCAGAGUCACCAUAUGGGCCCUAAACUAUCUACCUCUGGACUUGUAUGUAAGAGAAAAAAAUGUGGGGUUUAUAUUGUUUUCAACUAAACCUAGUCCAACUGAUGCAUUAUUAUUUGAUUGAAAUGUUUGGGAUGUUUAUGCAUGUUGUAAGUUUAACAGAAAAAUUUGUCUAAAUGGCUAUUUUAAUUUUCUAAUUAUUGUUUAGAAAUGUAUGUACACUUAAAAUGGGAGCUGACCAAAGUGUUUAACAUAUCUUAGUUGCUUCCAAGUUUUGACAUUAUGAAUAAAGGUGCUAUAAACAUUUGUUUGCUGUUAUUUGUGUGGAAGUAAGUGGUCACUCAUUUGGUUACAUACCUAGGGAAGUGAUGGCUACAUUGUAUGGUAAGCCUAUGUUUAACUUUGGAAGAAAAUGCAAGACUGUAUUCCCAAGUAGCUGUAGAAUUUUGCAGAGUUCCUAUUGCUCCACAUUCUUGCCAGUAUUUGGUGGUGUUAAUGUGUUGGAUUUUAGCCAUUUUGGUAGAUUGUAGUGGUAUCACAUUUGUUGUAUAAAUGUACAAUUACCUAAUGACAUACCAUGAUGAGCCUUUUUUCAUAUUCUUAUUUGCAAUCUGUAUAGCUUGUUUGUUGAGAUAUGUUCAUAUUUUUUGCCCAUGUUUUGCUUGAGUUGUUUUCUUACUGAGUUUUAAGAGUUCUUGGUAUAUUUUGGAUAUAAGUCAUUUGUCAGAUAUGUUUUACAAAUAUUUUCUCCCAGUCUGUGGUUUGUCUUUUAAUUCUAGCAGUCCUCUUCACAGAGCAGGAGUGUUUUACUUUUAUGAAAUCCAACUUGUCAGUUUUUUCUUUCAUGAAUUGUGCUUUUGGUGUCGUAUCUAAGAAAUCAUCACCAAACCAAGAUCACCUAAGCUUUCCUGUUCUUCUUUAGAAGUUGUAUAGUUUUGCAUUUUACACUUAAGUCAGUGAUCCAUUUUGAUAUAUUUUUUGUGAAAGGUAUAAAGUCUGUGUCUGUAUUAACUUUUUUUCCAUGUCCAUUUAUUCUGGCACCAUUUUUUGAAAAAACUGUCUUUUCUCCAUUGAGCUGUCUUUGUUUUGUGAAAGAUCAGUUGGUUAUAUUUGUAUAGGCCUAUUUUUAGACUCCCUUGUGUUCCAUUGAUCUUUUUGUCUAUUCUUUCAUGAGUAUGGCACUGUUUUGAUCACUGUAGCUUUAUAUUAAAUCUUGAUGUACCCCAUGUUGGUGGCAGAUUGGAAAUUCUGAAUAUACUUAAUUGUAUAUCUGUUUCAUUUUAUAUGGAGCACGUAUUAUUGUACCUUCCUAAUAAAAUAAAAUACUGUAACUUUACAAAAAAAUAAAAAUGAAAUUAUAUAUUGUAA